GGGCACCUACCAGACUCGCCGGGACCCAGGCGGGACCCGAGCGUGUGGCUCGUGGAGCAGCAGGGUGGGGGCGUGGGGGGCCCAGAGGGAAGAUCAGCCGGCUCUGCGGAGACCAGCUCCCCUCCUUCGCCAGCUCCCACCCCACCCCACCCACCCCAAACCGGCUUUCUUCCUGUUAUUUGUGCUUUGGGAAAGCACGGCUGGUUUCCUGGAAGCGACGCCUCUUACCUAGGCUCCUGUGAAACCGCGGCAGCCAGGGAGCGCCUGGGCCUCACAGGCUGGGAAGAGCCGCCCAGCGCCAGCUGAGUCGCCGAGGGAUGAGGACGCGCCCGGGCCGUGCCACGCCCUCGCCGCGGGAGCCAACCCGCGCCUGACCCUCGCCCGCCGCGCGCCCCGCGCCCCCCCUCCCCCGCCCACCGCAUGGAACGACUGCAGAAGCACCCUCUUACCUCCCCCGGGAGCGUCAGCUCCUCCCGAGACUCCAGUGUACCUGGCUCUCCCUCCAGCAUCGUGGCCAAGAUGGAUAACCAGGUGCUGGGCUACAAGGACCUGGCUGCCAUCCCCAAGGACAAGGCCAUCCUGGAUAUCGAGCGGCCAGACCUCAUGAUCUAUGAGCCCCACUUUACCUACUCCCUGCUGGACCAUGUGGAGCUGCCCAGAAGCCGGGAGCGCUCUCUGUCACCCAAGUCCACGUCCCCCCCACCGUCCCCGGAGGUGUGGGCAGAGAGCCGGACCCCCGGAAUCCUCUCUCAGGCUUCAGUCCCCAGAGCCACAGGGACCCCCCGGACGAGCCUGCCACACUUCCACCACCCUGAGACCACCCGGCCGGAUUCCAACAUCUAUAAGAAGCCACCCAUCUAUAAGCAGAGAGAGUCCAUGACUGGCAGCCCUCAGAGCAAGCACCAGAUCGAGGACCUCAUCAUCGAGUCGUCCAAGUUCCCUGCGGCCCAGCCCCCAGACCCCAACCAGCCGGCCAAGAUCGAGACCGACUACUGGCCCUGUCCCCCGUCGCUGGCCGUUGUGGAGACUGAGUGGAGGAAGCGGAAGGCAUCACGCAGGGGAGCAGAGGAAGAGGAGGAAGAGGAGGAUGACGACUCCGGAGAGGAGAUGAAGGCGCUGAGGGAGCGGCAGAAAGAGGAGCUCAGUAAGGUUACUUCCAACUUGGGAAAGAUGAUCUUGAAAGAAGAGAUGGAGAAGUCGUUGCCGAUCCGGAGGAAAACCCGCUCCCUGCCGGACCGGACGCCUUUCCAGGCCUCUUUGCACCCAGGAACAUCUAAGUCUUCUUCUCUCCCCUCCUACGGCAGGACCACUCUGAGCCGGCUACAGUCCACAGACUUCAGUCCAUCCGAGAGGGAGACUGGAAGCCCAGAACGGAGAGGGCCAGAGGGGGAGGAUGGACCGGGGGAACUCCCUGCCCUGUGUGCUGGAGCAGAAGAUCUAUCCCUACGAGAUGCUGGUGGUGACCAACAAGGGCAGAACCAAGCUGCCUCCGGGAGUGGACCGAAUGAGGCUUGAGAGGCAUCUGUCUGCAGAGGACUUCUCGAGGGUCUUCGCCAUGUCUCCUGAAGAGUUUGGCAAGCUGGCCCUGUGGAAGCGGAACGAGCUCAAGAAGAAGGCGUCCCUCUUCUGACCAUGCUGCGCCUCUCUGUGAUGCCCCUACCCCGCUGCUUCAGGGCUCUGGAGCUGGGGCCCUGAACCCCGCAGCAUCCCCUUCCCCUGGCAGGCUGGGCACGGCGGAGGCUGGUGGGGGCAGGUGGGUUCUGUUCCUCAGGGAGGGGUAACCUGGCCCUCCGCAGUGCCAGGCUGGGAGCUGUGGACUUGCUACCCUACUGUGAGCCAGGGCACUUUCUCUUGUCCCUGGUCCCCACUGCCCAGCCCAACCCAUCCUGGCCUCCAGCACACAGAGUGAGUGAGCGUGCCCUCUCCCUGCCUGCCACCCCCAUAGGAAGGUCCCCAGAAGAGUGAGGAAAAAUUAACAAGGGGACCACCAAGCAGUCAGUCUGUCAGCUAUGCUGCCCAGUGGGCAGUGUGCAGCCGGGUGGAGACAGCCCCGGGGUCCUGUGCACACCCACUCGAGCCUCCAGCCUGCACCCAGGCCUCCUGCUUUUCUGACACUGUACCAGAGCAAUUGGGGCCUCCAGUAGAGUGAUCACCCUCCUCCCGCCAGCUUGCCCUGUCCUUGAUGUGCCACCCUCCAGCUUUGAAGCUUCACUGUAGCCCAAGGCUUCCUCAAAAGCCUUGGCAUGGUGUGGUGAUGCCACUUGAGCAGUACCCAGCCCACCACCAGCCUCAAGCAAAGCCCCUAGGAUGCCUCCUAUUGUCACCUGUCCCAGGGCCUCAGAGCCCAGGCCUGAGCCUCCUGAGCAGAUCAGGAGGUGGGGCUUGGGGCCUCUGUGCUGGCUCUCGGGUCCCCCACACACCCGCACUCUGCUCUCACAGAAUGUAAUUAUUGGGGCCUCCUUCCACUGCAUUCCUCACCCCCUGCCCUGCCUACUCACAUCCCAGCUUUUUUUCUCCCCACAUGUGUAUGUGUAUAAAAUUAUAUAUAUAUAUAUAUAUUUUUGCCCAGGUCUGGGUUUUGUUCCUGCUCAGACCCUGGCAUUCCUUUUCUGCCAUGUGUGUGAUCGUGCUGGGACAGGGCACUCUGCUUGGAAUUAAAAGGUUGCAUUGGGUCCCUAA